AAAACAAGCGAUUCUGACCCCAGAAUUCAGUGAAACCAUCUAACUCCCUCACAACACCUGUGCUUCCUGAAUCCUUAUAAAUAUCCACCCAAGUCCAACAUUUCAGUUCAUCCAGUGUUUCAGAAACCUUAUUCAUUCGCUUCGAAUUUCUUCAAGUACCCUUUUUUACAACUAGCUAGUUAUUCUCCUACAAUGGCAAAAAACAUGGCUCAGUCUCCCUUUGAGAAGGCCUCAAUUGACAAACUAGCCAUGGCUAAGCGUUGUUCUCAUGAGGGUGCAAAAGCAGGAGCUAAGGCAGCUGUUGUUGCCACCAUUGCCACUGCUAUUCCAACUCUGGCUAGUGUGAGGAUGCUACCUUGGGCCAGAGCCAAUCUCAAUCCCACUGCUCAGGCCCUCAUAAUCUCCACAGUGGCUGGAAUGGCAUAUUUCAUUGUGGCUGACAAGACUAUUUUGGCAACUGCAAGAAGGAACUCAUUCAAUCAAGUGGCUCGCCAUGAAGCAUGAAUUAAUCACUAACUAACUAGGGUUUAUGCUCCUGUUGCUGCAUGCCUGUGAACCCAUAUCUUUAAAUAUAAAUAAAUAGAGAUGGGUUUCAAUAUCUAAUAGCACUAGAGUGUUUAUGUACUAAAUUUUCAGCAUUAAUUUAUCAAUGCAAAUUUUAUAAAGCUUUUGAGAGGGAACUGCAGUACUUAAGCCUCCAAGUCAACGUACGGUAUAUGCAUGAAGGCGUCAAUAAAGGUUUAAGUGAUGAGGAGAUCACUAUAUUUUAGCAAUACGAGCACAAGCAACUUCUAUUAGCAGAAAAGAGUCAAUGUUAAGCUAUGGCGAGGAUACCUAUCUGUCUCUUUCAUUAUUUCUUUAAAUUAGGUCUAAAGCCUCUCAAAGUGUUGUAUUUGUAUGACUUCUUCAGGUUUUUUACCAAAUGAGAAGUUAUAAUAUAUACUCAUGAAUUUCAUAUGGUCA